CUCAGCCUACAACGGUACCGCUGUCGAGCAGGUCCGCCUCCGCAUCGCCACACUUCCCGCCAACCCCCCUGCACUUUGCCUCGUUGCUUCCGUUGACCGCCUCCUUCGACGGUCCUCUCAAGUCCAAGUUGCCGAACAACAUCUCGCAGGUCGGCACAACAUUAUCUCCUUCUUGUGGUCAUACGAGACAGUGGAAUCCCUCCUAGAUACCGACGAAGGCAUGGCCUUCCUCUCGUCUGUGUGUGCAGAUAUACGCCCUUUCCUGGAUCAGCUUGCCAUGGGCAGUAACGCGCUCGCAUUGCCGAUCGUGUGGCCCAUGCUCUGGUUCGAUCACGACAACGGGCUCACAAACCCUGCCGUACUCCAAAGCGCCGGGAAGGCCGAGGACUUCUGUACGGGGUUCAUAGCCUCACAGUGGCAAGGUGAGCCCAGCACCGAGUUGCCGCGGAACCUUCUCGAUGUGGGUGAUUCCGUCGCAAGGGGUUUCCAUGACCAACGGCGCGCGGCCUGGGAAUCAUAUGUCGAAGGAGCGCAUACUGAUCUUCCUCUCCUCAUCUCAAUCUCACCAAGGAAAACAAGCGUGGGACUGCUCCUGUCCCGCCGCAUCUCGGAAUCAACCGCAUUCAGAGGAGUGUGUCUGUGACUGCGCCCACUGCAUGGAACAGAGAUCUUCAUCCUGCCCAUGUAGCUAUGACGACAUUAUCCGGAUCACUCCUCGGACAAAGCAGGCGUCGUUAUCCCCUGCGCUUUGCAGGUGCCAUGCCUUGUGCACGUGCACAUGCGUGUACUGCCACAAGCCUUUUCGCAUGUUUUCUGCUUCCCUAGCCUUGAAACGGACUCGCUCUGACCUGACGGAUCCUUCAAGCCAAUCACAACAAAGUCAACUGACUCAAUCCGCCUCCGGUUCACAACAGCAGGAAGGUCAACUGACUCAAUCUGGGUCCGGGUCGCAAUUGACGCCUCUCGUGUUUGCGGAAGUGGGAGAAGACCCAGCGAGUGACGUGAGCUUGCCGCCUCCAGCGGCCUCCACUUUGACUCCAGCGACUUUGGCAGCAACUGGCUCCGUGCUGUCGAAGUCGAAGUCAAUGGAGUCGCCAGAGCCGCUGGAGUCUGGGAGUCCAUUGACUUCGCCUUCGACAGCAACUCCAGUGACUGCAGCGACUCGACCAGCGCAAGCCGUUGGCCCCGCAACUGGCCGAGUACCCUUUCAGCGCAUCCCGCGCAUGACGGCACCGGUCAGGGCAGUUGAUCCUAGAGAGCGCAUUCGUGCUCCGAUACGAUCCCGGAGAGGAUCCCCCCUUGCUGCAACGGUAACGACUUCUGUUCCCACCCCGCCUGCGACUCAAGCGCAGCAUCCGCUGUUUAGUCUCCCGCCAACAGCAACUGGACCGGUUGGGAGCAGCACUUCCACUUCCGGAUUGCUUCCUUUUGGCAGACUUCCGCCGGGAGUUCAGAUGGGGGCCAGGCUUCCUCCGGGCGCCCCGCUGCCUGGGCCUGCACAUAGGACGUGCGAGACACCCGGAUGCUCAAAUCCAGCUCCACUUGGAGGUGCCGGAGGCAUGAAAUGCCAACCUUGCUACAAGAGGUCCCUCCAAGAUCGGAAGGCCGCCGCGGGGGACUCGAUAUGUGCACGUCCUGGCUGUGAUAACCGUGUCACAAACAAGAAGGUCAGAUACUGCAGUACCGCUUGCUACGAGCAAACGACAGCAAACCCAAAAGAAGUGCCCCACCUGCGGCAAGGUGGUUCUCCCAGGCCUGGGAAGAUUUUGUGAGGCCCAUGUUGUGCGAACCAAGAAACAGAGGAAGGAGUAGGAGCUGGUGGAUUGUGCACAGUAGUGUGUUGAGGUGCUGUAUAUCGGGGCGGGAUCAGUUUGUGAGGCCGCUUAGUGAGAAUCGCGGCUUAUGGGGAUGCCGUCAAUUUCGACGCGCCCGUCGUACCCUACAUCCUACUGUACAUAUAUGUAGGAUACGUUGCUACAACGGCGUAGUCAGAUUGGUAGCCGAAGAG